CUAGCUAAUCCAUAAAUAAGAAUAUGCCCUGGUCACCAUAACAACAAUCCAAACAUAAAUCUAUCUAUAAAUAUAUGUGUAAUGUAAAAAACAAGCUAAAGUUUGUAAUCUAAUAUAAUCAACUGUUUAAUGAGGAUGGUAUUGUAGUGAACAAGAAUACCAGUGGGGAUGAUCGAAUGUAUCUGAACACAGGUACUACAGAAAAUCUUACUAAAAUACGAGAACCAUACAGUAAAUCGUCAAUUUGCAAAAUAUCAAUCCAUUGUCUCCAACUUCACUGUUCCUUUGAAAAAUCUCAGUCCAUCGUCUCAGAUUUCAUUGUUCAUGUAUUUUCAUACCAAUUCCUUUCCAUUACUGUUCGCUCCUUCUUGAUCUUCUAUUGAAAUACAUUCUAUUUCUGAGUAUCGUUUUAUACUACUUAUGUGGAUAUAAGUAGCUCAAAACAUAAAUCAUUCAAUUAAAAAUACAUAAAAAUAAACUUUCAAAUUUAAUGUCAACAUCUUCAAUUGAUUAUUUUGAUUCUAUUAAUAAUAUUCCAUCAAAUCAUCCAAUAUUCACUAAAACACCGAAUGUUUCACCAGCCAAUUCAUGUUCUUCACUAAAUUCAUAUGAUUAUACUAAUCCAAUUCAAUAUAGAAAUCAACAGAAUAAACAAUUUCAUUCAAUGUUUAGACAAAAAAAUAAAAAAAUAAUUUGUAAUUUAUUACCGAACCAAUGGUCAUUUACAAAUAAUGUAAGUAAUAUGUCUUAAGUUAAUACUGAUGUUCCCUGUUAUAAUUAGAAUACAAAUCUAAACAAUACCUUAGCAACAAUUAGCAAUCAAUGAUGUUUGUUGUUUAGGAAACAUGUUGUUAUAAAUUGAUAUAAAUGUGAAAAUGAGCUGUAACAGAUUCAGAUUGAUGGAUAUACUGUUAAUCAUGUGACCUUUUGACUUUUGGAUUCAGCUUUGUGUAAUUUUGUGGGUACAAAUUAUUAUGAUUCUUUUAAAUAUUCAAUCGUUUCUCAAUUCAGUAAAUCAGUCAGCUACAACAUA